GUCACUCUGCCAAAAAAUUGUUCCUCGUCGUCGGCAAAUAAAAUGGCCGCUUAGGAAAAGCGAAAAAUACGAAACGAUACGACACCGAGACAAAUAUCCGGGUAUAAAAUUUGAUUUUAAACAUACGACAGACUCGCGGCGAAGAAUAUGAGCGGUGCGAUGACAAUGUACGCGUUAAAACCGAUAGUUUCAAUGCCGGGGGAGAUAUGCAUACCUAAAACUAUGUACAAGAUGAAAAAUAUUCAAGAAAUACAGCAGCAGCAGCUCAGCAAACACGCAAGCCAAGAGAGCAAGAUAGUGUCGGAUAUUACCGAACAGGUUAUCAAGUUUUUAAAGAGCCCGUUGCCAGAAAUUGUGGAUCUGGAGAUUAGACAAGAGAAAAUUCUAGUGCAACUAGCUGAACUCAAAAAACAAGUAUCCAACUUGUGCGCUAUUUUAAAUAAUUCAAACCAAAGCAAAUGUUUCUCUACGUCUGCUCAAAUCAUACAGGAAAGGGUUGACAUAGACUUUGUUGUGAAUGCAAAUCCUUGUAGGCCUCCAUUUUCAAUAUUAGCUCUACAAAAGCUCUGGAAAGAUACAGACAUCAAUAUUUCUUCCCACAUUCACUCCAGCCUAUCUACUCAGACUCCUCAGUUUCCUUCAGAACCAAAGAAUUUUAACAGUACCAACAACAGAAUAGAUUUGACAUUGAUAUGGAAGAAUGUGUCAGAUUUGGAGGUGGUGAUAUCUGGAGUCCAUGGGAAUCCAUUAUUAGGUGAAGUAAAUCUCUUGCGGUACCUGAGCAGGUCCAUUGCAAGUCAUAAUUACGAACACAUAUCUCCUGUCGAAUCGACAAAAAUUGAUGCUGUGCUAGACCUGUGCCACGGACUAUCUUUUCAAGAGUCUCACAAGGAUGUGCAAUCUUCAUUCUCCGUUCUUGGUAGGAAACUAGGAAAUGGUGAAUGGUUGCUUGGGAGCAUUGAACCGAGCAUAGCAGAUGUUGCUGCAUGGUCUGCUAUCAAACGACUAGGUUCUGGAAAAUUACCUGCAAACUUAAACAGCUGGUUUAAAAGAUGUGACGAUACUUUUGGGCAUAUCUAAUUUUAUAACUGAGUGAACGAUGUCAUUAUGUCAUCAUUGUUAUGUUAAUAAAGCUACAAGAUUUUCUUUUAUCAUAAA